CCACAAUAAUAUCCACGAGGAAAGACGCUCCUCCUUUCUUCCUCAUCCUCGUAGUCGCUGGCGGUGUCCUAUAAAUGGGUCUUUCUCCUCGACGCCUUUGUUAUCUUCCUCCUCAUCAAUCAUUUCAUCAUCCUCUUUGUUGUCGUGUUGUUUCUCAUCAACCUCUUCGUCAGACAGUUUUUGGCUUUGAUUGGCAGAUGGAAGCCAUAACUGCAUAGGAUCCACAAACCCUAGGACUGAAACUACACGAGAGCCUUUCUUCCUCGGAUUGUUUAAUGGCGGCAUCAAAGCCUAUAUUUAUACCUGGCAGAGAUUGGGCCAUGCUAGCUUUUCAACGUCUCGCAUCCAUACCUUCUCGAAUUCAUAAUUUCCCUUCAAAUCUCAGCUGUCCAAUCUCUCUACUCCAUCGUCAAACCCACAGCACAGAAUAUCAACCCUCCAGUGAGCUUCUUGAUUUUUUUGAUCACCUUCUUCAGCAAUGCAUCGUUGUUGAUCGCUGCAAACAAAUCCAUACCCAUGUCAUCGUCACUGGUUGCUGUUGCUCUGCUUUCUUGGCUGCCCGUAUUAUAUCUGUCUAUGGUCGUUUUGGGCUCCUCUUUGAUGCCCACAAAGUUUUUAACAGCGCCCCUUUUGAGGGCGUCUCGAAUUUGCUUUUGUGGAAUUCAAUUUUGAGAGCUAAUGUUUCUAAUGAGAACUAUGAAAAUGCCCUUAAGCUGUAUGUUAGAAUGAGAAGGGCUGGAGUUUUUGGGGAUGGGUUUACUUUUCCUUUGGUUUUAAGGGCAUGCGCUUAUAUGGGAAAUCCUAUUUUCUGCAAAAUAGUUCAUGGGCAUGCCUUAGAAAUGGGUUUUCAGAAUCAUCUUCAUGUUGGCAAUGAGUUGAUGGGCAUGUAUGCGAAAUUGGGUCAAAUGAGAGAUGCCCACAAUGUGUUUGAUAGAAUGGGUGUAAGAAGCUAUAUUUCCUGGAAUACGAUGGUUUCGGGAUAUGCCUUUAAUUAUGACUGCAAUGGUGCUCUUGAGAUUUUUAAAAGGAUGCAGUCUGAAGGUUUGGAGCCAAAUCUUGUGACAUGGACAUCACUUAUGUCAAGCCAUGCACGUUCUGGUUGGCUUAAGGAAACUAUGGAGUUGUUUGAUUUGAUAAGGAUGAGAGGAAUUGAGGUGAGUGCUGAAGCACUUGCUGUGGUGUUAUCAGUUUGUGCUGAUUUGGGUGUAUUUUAUCGGGGUACGGUGAUUCAUGGAUUUGUCAUUAAGGGUGGGUUUGAAGAUUACUCAUUUGUGAAGAAUGCAUUAUUAUGUGUGUAUGGGAAGCAUGGAGAUGUAAAUAGUGCGAAUAACUUGUUUCUGGAAAUGAAAAAUAAGAGUAUAGCGAGUUGGAAUGCCUUGAUAACGUCACAUGCAGACGCUGGUUUAUGUGAUGAGGCUCUUGAAAUAUUUUCACAGCUGGAGAGAUCAGAAGAUUGUCCGACAUUGAGGCCUAAUGUGGUAAGUUGGAGUGCCGUAAUUGAUGGUUUUGCUUCCCAGGGGCGAGGAGGGGAAGCUUUGGAACUUUUUCGAAGAAUGCAGUUUGCUAAAGUACUGGCAAACGCUGUGACAAUUUCUACCAUUUUAUCAGUUUGUGCAGAAUUACCUGCUCUGCAUCUUGGUAGGGAAAUUCAUGGCCAUGUGAUUAGAGCAUUGAUGGACAACAACAUUCUGGUGGAAAAUGGCUUGGUUAAUAUGUACACUAAGUGUGGAUGUCUCAGAGAAGGGUACAUGGUAUUUGAGAAAAUUGAGAAGAGAGAUUUAAUCUCGUGGAACUCUAUGAUCACAGGGUAUGGGAUGCAUGGACUUGGUGUAAAAGCUCUGGAAACUUUUGAUCAAAUGAUUAAAUUGGCAUUCAAGCCGGAUGGGGUUACUUUUGUUGCUAUUAUUUCUGCUUGUGGUCAUGCUGGACUUGUUCCUGAGGGUCGUAGGCUUUUUGAUCAGAUGCUUAGGGAGUAUAGGAUUGAACCCCAGAUGGAGCAUUAUGCUUGCAUGGUUGAUCUCCUAGGCCGUGCAGGGUUAUUACAAGAAGCAAGUGAAAUUGUCAAAAAUAUGCCACUAGAGCCCAAUGCUUGUGUCUGGGGUGCUCUUUUGAACUCUUGUAGAAUGCAUAACAAUACAAAAGUGGCAGGAGAAACUGCCUCCCAUAUUUUUAGUCUCAACCUGCGGGAAACGACGGGGAAUUACAUGCUGCUUUCUAAUAUAUAUGCUGCAAGUGGUAGAUGGAAGGAUUCUGCAACAGUGAGAGCGUCGGCAAGAGUAAAGGGUUUAAGGAAGUAUCCUGGACAGAGUUGGAUUAAGGUGAAGAAAAAUGUUUAUAUCUUCUCUGCAGGGAACAACACGCAAAAGGGUUUGGAGAAAGUUUCUGGGAUUGUUGAGGCAUUGACACUACAAAUGGAGAGUGAAGAAUAUGUUCACAGUAAUACUAUCAUUCCACAAGACGUGGAUGAGGUAGCUAGAUUGACGAUGUGGGGAUAAAAAAAAUUCUAGCUUUUCCUGGUUUUAUUUUUGCACUGGCUUGAAUUAAAUUAUACCUCAGUUCCAAAUUAGUUUAAUUUUUGGAAUGCAGGAGACCUCCCAUUGUUUCUGCAGCUAA